CGGCCACCGUAGGCUACGUCAGAAGUAAAUACUAUGUGCUAACCUCCAGCUAGCUACUUAAGACAACAUGGCUUUUAGUUUGUACUCUCUCAUUCAAGCAGCAAUCCUGUGUGUCAAUGCUGUCGCUGUAUUGCACGAAGAAAGAUUUCUGAGUAAAAUUGGCUGGGGAGUAGACCAAAGUGUUGGUGGUUUUGGUGAUGAACCAGGCAUCAAAGUGCAGCUAAUGAAUCUCAUCCGCUCAGUGAGGACAGUGAUGAGAGUGCCGUUGAUUGCCGUGAAUUCAGUCUGCAUUGUGUUGCUGCUUCUGUUCGGAUGAAGAGGAGUGAAGAUGGGACCAACCAAUCUGCUGUCAGGAGAACAUCUCCAUCACCUCAGGAACCCUUGUGCAGAAACAUUGCAUCUCUUUGAAACACAGAGUGUCUCCUGUCAGCCUAAAUAUGAAUGUUGUCACUUGAUAAUUCACAUCAAGACAUGGGAUAAUUGUUAAUGCCGGUUUUAUACGGCAUAGUAAUUCAAAUACGUAACAUCAGCUACUGUUAAUGAUUAAUUUAUCUCUUCAUUUGAAUAGCACAAUUAAAUGCUGUAUAAUGAACACUUAAUUUGAUUUUGAUUAAAAUAUUCAUAUGAAAAAAUGUACUUUUAUGAGAAAAUCUGUCACAAAGAAGCCGGCUGUUAAAUGGUUGUGAUUUUUAUACACUGGAAAAGUGUAAAUUAACUCAUGAAUAAGUGCUGUUGUUGUCAAAAUGCUCGAAAAAAAAUAUUUUUUUUAA